AUGGCUUCUUGUGUCCAUACCUCCAUAGGUGAUCCUGAGAGACACAGAACCAAGAUGUAUAAGUUGGUGGUGAUGGGCACCUGUUAUGUGGGCAAGAGUGCACUGACCAUGCAGUUUAUUAAGAAUCAUUUUGUGACCGAGUAUGACCCUACAAUGCAAGAUACCUACUGUAAGCAAACAGUAGUGGAUGAAAAGCCGUGCCAGUUGCGCAUAGUGGAUACUGCAGGCACUGAAGAGUAUUACCCUCUGAGGAAUCAUUCCAUGCUCUGGGGAGGGGGCUUCCUCUUGGUCUAUGCAGUGAAUGACCUCCACUCUUUUGAGAAUGUGAAUGUUUUCUGGGACAUUCUGCAGAGGCUCAAGGGCACCAACCCUAUACCCAUGGUGUUGGUGGCCAACAAAGUUGAUGUGACCGACAGGCUGGUGGACCCCACACAGGGCCAGGAGGUGGCCAGGAGCUUAGGGGUCCCUUAUGUGGAGACAUCAGCCAAGACUGGACAAGGUGUGGAGCAAGCCUUCCAUGAGCUAGUGGGUGAAAUUCGUAGGAUCCGAGCUGAGGAGGAGCUCAAGAGACUCUCUAAUACUGAGGAGAAGGAGGCCUGUGGGUGCAAAUAUUGCACAAUCCAGUGA